AGCGAGAGUAGGACUGGUCGAACCGGCUUCAGCUGAUAUUGAAGCGAUGUGCGCAAAUGCAGUGGAGUACGCGACUAGGGAUGACAAAAGUAUGGAGUUCUCAUAGGCGGCGGAUCAAAAGCUUUUUGGCUUCCUUUGUCUGAGUACUUGGUGAAUAAUUCCUCGCUGGAACGCAACUCUUCAGUGAUCUUGUGGAAUUUCAGCACACGUGAUCUAGUGUUGUGGUCUGAGAGUGGUUGUUGUCGAGGGUUUUCAUCUCUGUCGUCUGCUGUCAAUUUCUCUUCUGCACUGCACCGGCGAAUAAGUUUCCUGUGCCCUCAGCGCCUGCUUCGUACACGCCGGCUUGAAAUGCUCAGUUAUCUGACGCAUAAGCUUCGGACACCGGAACUGAAUGGCACCAGUGCAUUUCACACAAAGCUUCCAUAUUCGCAGCUAUGACUCGGCUAUGGUAGAUCUCGUGUAGUCAUGACAGACUCCUUGAAGCAGACUGACGAUGACCACGAUUCCGGAACAGAAUCUGACGAUGAAAGUGCGGAGAUUGAGGAGUUACAGAAAUACAUGGAACACAGUAUACAGCUGGAAGACGGAGGCACAAGGCAUCAUGGGAAGGGCCGGCACGGCGGCCACCACAACCACCCCCACCAGGUGGGGGCGCAGCAGGGGGGUUUGCUGGCCCCCCACAAAGAGGUGCGGGUCGUUGCUGACAGUCCGGCCACGCUUGAUUCAGCAUUGCCCAGUGACAGCGACCACAACUGCGAUCACCACAGUUCAGAAGAGGAACUGGAGGUGAUCAACAACAGGGCGGGUUCCGCUGAGAAGCGGAAAUGGUCACAGGCCAACCAACGUAGAGCGAGAGGUUCCCUGCGCCGCAGCCGGUCUGAUGGCGCCCACUGCGACGGCGACGCGACGUCGUCGGACGAUGAAGAAGUUCGUGACCUGACUCGACGGUCGACCGCAUGUUCGACGGCGGCCGCAGCGGCUGCCGCGCUAUCUGUGUACGCGGCCCCCGUGGAAUUCCGAGCCUCACCGCCGUUGCACGUUCACCGGCCGCACAACGGUUCUCCGCCGCUGAAAGUUUUCCACGCUGCCCACCUGCCCGCCUUUGAGGUGUGUUCCGUGAGUCCUCGUAAGCGGCACCGGCAGGAUUUCAACGGGGGUCCCCGCAGCGGAGCCUCGUCGUUUGCCGUCUUCUCCCUUGGGGACGGCGGUCCUGUGCCUCGGCCCUGCCUCGAUUUCGAGAAGAUGCAGCAGAUCAGGGUGAAACUGUUGUGAGCCACUACAACCAGAUGAGAAGAAGUUGAUGCUAACUCAAGUGAGAGAAGGAACGAAACAACAAAGAAGAAAAAAAACAAGACAAAAAAAAAAGAAGUUGCGAAGGAUGUGUCUAUGGUGUAACCUGUGUGUGUGUGUGUGCAUGUCGCUGUAUUGAAGAAGAAGAAGGCAGGAGCCUCAGCUUUACGUGAGAGCAACCAGCAAAGAAGUGGAUGUGGUGUUGGUGGACUUGAAAUACAAAACUCUAGGACAGUUUUUUACUAUGGACAUAAACAAAGUGAAAACUGUUGCUGUUCCUGUUUUCACAGACUUCCCUCCCUGCCUCUACCCCCCCCCCCCCCCCAUACGUUUUUCCUUUUUUUUUUUUUCCUUUCGUGCGUGUACGGUUUUCCGGAGUGAGGAAGGAACGGAGCCAUAUGUGUGUUUUUAAUUUUUUUUGAAUUUUUCUUUAUUUUUAUUUUUUUUUGUUGCAACGAAAGGUCCACACACGAUAAAAAAAAAAAAGGUGAGA